AUGAAGUCGUCGUCCUCAUCGUCCUCAUUCCCAAGCGCCUCGUUGCUCCCGAAAGACGAGACGCUCGCCUUGGACUUCCUCGAGCAGUACCCAAGCUACGACGGCCGCAAUGCCGUCGUCGCGAUCUUUGACACGGGAGUCGACCCAGGAGCUAUAGGGUUACAAACCACGUCGGACGGCCGACCCAAGAUCAUUGACAUUGUGGACGCUACAGGCGCAGGCGACGUGGACACGUCGACGGUCGUUGAAGCUGUGGACCAGACGCUGACGCUCGCGAGCGGACGCGUGUUGACGCUCAAUCCCGACUGGACGCCCAGUCGAGAUGGAAAGUACCACGUGGGAACGCUCUUUGGCUUCCACGUGUUCCCGAACGACCUCGUGACGAGGCUCAAGCGGGAGCGCAGGGAGAAGCUGGAUAUUGCUCACAGAGCAGCUGUGAAUGACGUGCAGGAGGAGCUCGUUCAGUGGCAGAAAGACAAUGGAGAUGUGAACACCAAAGAAAAUGGACGGGAAAGUGCAACUGCUGAGCGGGUAAAAAAGGACCUGGAGACGAGACUGGGGCAGCUGAAGGAGUUCGGGGAUAAGGAGUUUGAAGACCCGGGACCGAUCUACGAUGCAGUUGUCUUUCAUGACGGCACGAACUGGCGUGCUGCGCUAGAUACGACGGAGACGGGGAAUUUUGCAGGUAUAUCGACCAUGACGAAUUUUCGAGAGGAACGAGAAUUUGCUACAUUCUCGACCGAGUCGCAGCUGAAUUACGUGUUGAAUAUUUACGAUGACGGCAAGACGUUGAGCGUCGUGAACGAUGUUGGAGCUCAUGGGACGCACGUAGCUGGAAUUGUGGCCGCGUACUAUAGUGAUCAGCCAGAGUGCAAUGGGGUUGCUCCCGGUGCGCAGAUUGUUGCGGUGAAGAUUGGAGACGGGAGGUUAGCAGGCAUGGAAACGUCGUCAGCGUUGAGUCGCGCGAUUUUAGCCGUUAUGGACUCGAGCGUCGACAUUGUCAAUAUGAGCUACGGAGAGUACGCAUCGCAGCAUAAUUACGGCCGCAUCAUUGAACUCAGCAAGGAGCUUGUGGAUGAACACAACGUGACUUUCGUGGUUAGCGCGGGUAACAAUGGCCCUGCGCUGGGCACCGUGGGAGCUCCAGGUGGAACGACUUCGUGUAUGUUGUCUGUUGGGGCCUACGUGUCGCCCAAGAUGAUGGACGCCGAAUACACGAUGCGGGAUAAUGAUCUUUCGGGAACGGCUUACACCUGGUCAUCGCGUGGGCCAACGUUCGACGGUGACCUGGGUGUAAACAUUUGCGCGCCUGGUGCUGCAAUUGCUCCGGUGCCGAACUGGACCCUGAACAAGAAGCAACUUAUGAACGGCACAUCGAUGUCGUCGCCAAAUUGUGCUGGAAACAUUGCGCUGCUGGUAAGUGCCUUGAAGGCUAAAGGCAUGGAAUACACGCCAUACUCGAUUCGUCGUGCGCUGGAGAAUACGGCGGUCAUGGUGCCUAAAGUAGAAGUUUAUGCCCAAGGCAAGGGACUCAUUCAAGUGCUCCCAGCGUUCCAGUAUCUGAUGAACAGCAACACAUUUGACGGUACGAAGAAAUCUCCUUUACAUUACGAAGUCAAAACAUCUUCAGGCAACGGAAAUGCCCGAGGUAUAUUCCUCCGUGAUAGCGCUGAUUUUGCUCACGACAGCACUGAAGUAACUGUUUCGGUCACUCCUAUCUUCCAUAAGAAGACUGCUCAAGAUGACAAAAUUCACUAUGAGCAGCACGUGCGCCUUGUCUCCUCUGUACGUUGGAUUGAUGUGGGACGGAGCUUAGCCCUGAUGCACGGCGGCCGCACGUUCAAGGUGCUUGUAAAGACGAAGCAUUUGACUGCUGGUGAGCACUACGGAGACAUUGUUGCUAUAGACACUUCGAAUGAAGCCCGAGGUACUCUUUUUACCAUUCCUAUUACUGUGAUCAAGCCUGAAAGUGUUGAUUCAGUUUGCCUCUUUGAGAACAAAUUCCAGCCUGGUGAUAUCUCUCGCCGCUUCAUCACACCUCCUGUGGGAGCUACAUGGGCCAACAUCAUUUUCUCGCGUGCGAGUGCAAACCGAGAGCGUGAAGUGGAUUCCAACUCGUCGGGCAAGCUGUACGUUUUUGAUGUAGUGCAGUUCCAGCCAUUUACGCGCCAGAGUCUGUCAUCAUUUCACAAGGCUUUCAAUCUGAAGCCCGACGAAGAAGUUGUCUUUAGUAUGGACUUGAUGGGAGGUCUGACAACUGAGUUCUGCUUGGGUCAAUUUUGGAGCGCUCUAGGAGACUCAAUCGUGCAGAUUGAGAUUCGUUUUCACGGUAUUCAACCGAAUCAAGAGAAGAUUGUUGUCACUGGCGGCGAAGAAUCGCACAAGGUUCUGCUGUCUAGUUCCGUACGGACUGAGACGUUAGCUCCUAAGACGAGCUACACUCAGUAUGUGCAGCGCAUCCGUCCAACAAUAGCAGAGAUCACGCCGCUAAGCUCAAGUCGUGACCAAUUUUCUGACAAACGCCAGGUAUACCAAUUGGUUUUGACGUUUCCAUUCACAAAGAAGGAAAUCGGUAAGGUAGUCCCGUGCUUGCCACUUUUAACUGGACGUCUGUACGAGUCGCCUUUUGAAGGGCAAUUGAUGAUGAUAUUCGACGACAAAAAACAGUACAUGGGCUGCUCGGACGCCUAUGGCGAUGCAACAAUACUGAAAAAGGGAUCGUAUGUUGUUCGUGCCCAAAUACGACACGAAGAUGUGAGCAAGCUCGAAAAUUUGAAGCAAAUGGUGCUGCUCCUGAACCACGAGAUAAAAGAGAUACCCGCGUUAGUGUACGAACACCAGGACGACGUUGCGCUUGGCGGGAAAGCUCUUGAUAAAAAAGGCUUGCCUGCUGGAAAGUGUGUGUCAGUCUUUGUCGCAGAACCUGCUUAUGACAAGCUGCCUACCGGAAGUACUGUGGGAGAUGUUCUGACGGGCAAGAUUUACUUCGGCCAGGAGCACGGAGCGAUAAAAGGAAGCGGUAGACGUCCCAGUGGUUUUGAUAUCACGUAUGUCAUUCCUCCGGCGCUUGCACCGGUUGAGAAGCCUGAGUUGGAAGAGCCGAUGGAGGAGCGUGACGAAGAAGAGCUAGCCAAAGAAGCCGUUCGUGACCUGCUACUUGAGCGGACGACCAAACUGGCUGGCAAGCCCACCUUCUUGGCAGCUUGGCAGCGUCUUGUCGACCAGUUUCCAGACUACUUGCCCGCACUGCAAGCUAAGCUGCACCACUUCGAUACCGAGACCAGUCGAUCGUCUCAUCUAGAAGAAGUGGUCGAGGCCGCUGAUUCAGUGUUAGCACUCAUCAAGCAGGAUGAGCUGGCACUGUUCUUUGGCACUCGAAAUGUUCCUGGUGAUCGACCGGCGUUGGAGAAACAGUUGCGUAAGGAAAAGGAAAAAGAGAAGGAGAUUCUCGUCGACGCUCUCGCGCGCAAGGCUCGCGCUAUCGGCGACACUACCGAACAGUGGGACGACUUCUUGAUGGUAUACGCUGAGCUUCAGAAGUGGGUAGACGUUGAGGCGUCAACUUACCUCCACGUGGCGCUACUGCAUGACCGUCAUUUUGGUGCGUUUGGUCUUGCUCUGCAACGACUGCGCAAGGUCAAAGACUUGACGCGGUCGGAGUUGGUCAAGAUCAUUUCGGACGAGAAGCUUGCCUUCGAAAUCGCCAGCACUCUGAACGCUCUGAAUUGGACGCACUGGGCCAAUUACGAAACCCAAUGGGAACGACGCCGCUUCCCGUCAUCCUACCGCAAAUUCUAG